AAGCCAGCCAAGUUGAGGCCACUAGGUAACGGAACUGGCUCAAGGAAACAUGGCGGCGGAGGGAGAGGCCCUCAUGGCAGCGGAGAGGGCAGAGACGUCUACUGCACCGGCGGUGGGGGCGGAAUCAGGAGCAAACGGGAAGCCGGCGGCGAGCGGGAAGCCGGCGAUGGUGCUGGGGAUCGACGAGAGCGAGCACAGCUACUACGCGCUGGAGUGGACGAUCCACCAUUUCUUCGCCCCCGGCCAGCCGCAGCAGUACCACCUCAUCGUGGUCAGCGCCAAGCCCCCUGCCGCCUCCGUCAUCGGCAUCGCCGGCAUAGGCACGGCGGAGCUGCUCCCGAGGGUGGAGCUCGACCUCAAGCGCGCCUCCGCCAGAGUCAUCGACAAGGCCAAGGAGCAGUGCUCACAUGUGACCGACGUCAGCUAUGAAGUGAAAGAGGGCGACGCGAGGAAUGUGCUGUGCGAGGCAGUUGAGAGGCAUCAUGCAGACAUGCUGGUUAUGGGCAGCCAUGGCUACGGCGCUUUCAAGAGGGCCGUCCUUGGGAGCGUGAGCGAUUACUGCACUCACAACGCGCACUGCACCGUGAUGAUAGUGAAGAAACCAAAGCACCAUAAGAAGCAUGAACAAUUGGGGUUCCACAGAAAGGAGGCUUGAAAAAGUUUUUAAGGCCCUUAGGUUAGAGAUAGAUAUGAAAGAGGUUUAGGCCUGCGUGUUCAAGUAUUAACCGAUUGCCUUGCAGAUCAAUAUGUGGUCUCAUAGCGAACUGAGCUAAACUCAGAUGGUUAGGUUCCUUGUGUUGGAACCAACCCAAUAGUUCAACUCCUAGACUUGGCACUAGUGGUCGCAUUUUUCUGGAUUUAUUUCAGGCCUCGUGACAAUGUGCGUUUAGUGAGAGUCAUUACGAAGGCGUAUGCGGUGACUUCCUCAAUCUCAAGAUGUUGUGCCGACUCGGUAUCUCAUAGGUUUUCAUAGGAAUAGAGUGUAUGUGGGUGUGCUAUCCUACAUUACAAAAACAUUAGACAUGUAUAUCACAUAAUACUUGGAUUAUCUUUAGUUGCCACGGUAUGAGACUCUGUUGCUUAUGGUGAGCCUUUGGUCUCUCUGGCCUUAUUACCUCGUGUCCUGGAGUUAUUUUUCAUCGUUUGUAUUGCAUGGAUGUCGUUCUAAACAAAGGAGGUGCUACCAAAAUUUAGAAUAUUUCCUACACCUAGUGGUGGCUAGAGUAGAGUGGUAGCACUGUGUGCGAGUCUAGCUUAAUAGGAAUGAUAGACUACUCAUAUCAACAAGAAAAUUGAUGUGGAGCAUCAUUCCAUCAUCCCCA